AUGGUUGAUGUUAAUGGAACGACAAUUUUGACCUCUACGGUAGGGGGGUCCUCGCAGUCCAAAUGUAUUAAAAACACCAAUGAUUUCAACAAUUCGCUAACGAGGGCACGAAAACCACUUGGAAUGCCUCAACUGGAUGAGAAGCAACUGGAAGUGGGCGCCCCGGAGUCCACAGCACUUAACGCUCCUUUUGUAAUGCAUGAUGGUCUCGCAGCUCCGGCACCACCCGCCACGAUGGAAAAUGCGGCGCCGCCUAUCGGUUUGGGUGGUCCUGUGCUUCUUGUGGGACCCGGAAGCCCAUACAAUGCGGGAAAUCUCUUCACCAUUGACAAUUCACAGGGAAAUGCGGCAUUUGUGACACUCUGCCAGCAGCCUUCCUUCCACUAUCAACAACCAGCACCACAACCUACUGUAGUGGAUCAGGAAGUCGCACUUACACAUAAAUGUCUCCAAGAGUGCCCGCGGGCCGUGCUGGUGGCGGCUCUUACUUCCCUACUAGAGGAGUUCCCACUAUUAUGUCCAAUCAUUCGUCAACGCUGUGAAAAGGCCACAAUGGUCUUACCGAAACAACAACAACAUCAACAACAGCAACAACAGCAGCAGCAGCAACAACAUCAACUUCAACAUCAACAACAGGGAAUAACGGGGCGGUUCGCUGGACUUACUCAAUCUGCUGUCCCAUGGGCUGCUCAUCCUCCAACUGCCAGUUAUGACACCCAACGAACCACUCUUAUUUCCACUGGUGGCAACUCACCGCAAACGGGGGGCUCUCGCAAGGGCCGUGGCAACAAAUCCCGUGAGGAAGGCAUUUGUAGCCUACACAAUAAUGUACGCUCCAUGAACCAUCUGCAACUCAAUAAACAAAAAGGCGUGUAUGAAUGUGUCAGUGGCUUUCAUUGCCUUGAAGACGGUUGCUCUGGCUCAGCCUCUCCUGCAAGUACAAAAGUGGCUCGCACUCCCUUAGCGCCAGUUGGGGUUUCACAAGUGCGCGGAGGAGACGGUCGCGGUGUUGCCUCCUUUGCUGCUAUGAGUGGAGGAAAUCUUAUGGCAAGUUCGAAACUAUCAGCACCUGUGGGAUCAAUUCAAGCUCCUAAAGAUCAAUUCAGUGAUUUCAUGGCUAACAGUUUGGAUAGCGGACUCACUCCAUUCCGUGGAGACGUAAGCCUUGGAAACAGCGGUAUUGUACCGUGUGAUGAUCCUCAAACCGCAGAGGGAAGUGAAACUAUUGAUCUCGAUAGCAGCGUCGUGACAUUAAAAAGUAUCCUGCACAGCGUCCGAAUGGUGGCUGAAAUGGAAGAGUAA